AUGGAUAAAUCUGAUAAACAUGUACACGCAGAAACCGGUAAUGGCGGUUCGUUAUCUUCGGAUUUGAAGGACGAUAUUAAAGAACUUAUUGGUGAAAUAAGAGGACAAAAACACGAUUUGAAUGCGCUAAGAGAAGAGGUUCGAGGUAUUUCUUUGUCAGUAUCUUCUGAAGUGAAAAAGUUUAGGACUGAGAAAGACAUACGUUGGAAGUACGAAGGAAACCGUAUUCAAUUUGAUUUUAACUCCGAGUUGGAGGAAAAUUUGAAACAAGGACUUUGGGCGAUAGAUAAUGGAAAAAUGGAAUAUGCCAUGGAUUUGUUCAAAGAGUCGUGUGAUAAACUCCAGAGUUAUGCUGAUGACAUAGAGCAGCUGCCGGACAUCCCGGCGGACAAGGUUUCCUUACUACCGGAAACACUCAAAGAAUCUAGAGCGGAAAACACCUGUUUGGCUUACAAAGGAGGAUUCAAACGUUGUAGGGCAUGGGCUUUGAGUAACGGACUUGAGAAAGCGUUUAAACCUCAUGUGAAAGACAUCACUCAGUAUUGUUUGCACUCAUUGAGGUCAGGCGGUGCUACUGCAGCUAACAGUGGUAUUCCUGAUAGAAUGUUUAAGCGCCAUGGUAGAUGGCUUAGUGAUUCAGCCAAAGAUGGCUGUAUCAAGGACUUUGUCGAUGAAAAGCUAAAAGUUUCAUUAUCUUUGGGACUUUAA